UAUGGGAGCUACAUGUUGUGCUGCUAAAUAACUUGGAAAUACCGAGAUAACUAACGCUGCUCCUGAAGAAUUCAAUCAAUAAAUUGAUAAUGAAAAACCUUAAGAAGCAAAUCAUUAAAACGAAGAACUAGAACACGUGAAACUGGUUAAAGAACCUCCCCAUAUACCAGUCGAAGAACCAGCUCCAGGGAAUCCACCAGAUGAUGUAUUUAAUGUCUUACCUCUUAGGCCUCAAGAGAAAAAUAGAGAUAAAUGAUAGCUAUUCAUGGUCCUAACCCUGAAGAUGCAAAACCAUAUGAAAAAGUACCCUUAAUAGAAAAUGAUAUGGUACGUAAGACUCUAGAAAAACUUGGAGAAUAUCGAUACGAUCCUGAAUCACUUCAAAAGUUUGCAGAUUGCAUUGAACUAGAACCUUAUGUAUUAAUUAAUUGUUAACUUAUAGUAAUUUGAGAAUGGGGCUAUAUAUGUUGGGCAAUGGAAAAAUCAUCAAAGAUGGGGAAGAGGUAAAUAAUACUGGCCUGAUGGUUCCAUUUAUGAAGGAUUUUGGUGUGUUCAUACUGCUAAUGGAAAAGGAAGAUUGAUUCAUGCAGAUGGUGAUGCUUAUGUAUUAUAUUAUUUAAACAUAGGAUGGUGAUUGGGUAGAUGAUAGAGCUUAAGGAUAAGGAACUUAUUAUCAUGUUGAUGGAGCUAAAUAUGAAGGAGAUUGGUUAGAAGAUUAAUAACAUGGUAAAGGAACUGAAAUGUGGCCAGAUGGAGCUUAAUACAUUGGAAGUUACGUUAAUGGUAAGAAAGAUGGAAAAGGAAAAUUUAAAUGGAGUGACGGAGCAACUUAUGAAGGAGAUUUCAGAGAUAAUAAUAUUGAAGGUAUUUUUAUAUUUUUUAAAUCUCUAGGAUAUGGAGAAUAUAUUUGGGCUGAUGGAAGAAAAUAUAAAGGACAAUGGUAAAAUAACAAAAUGCAUGGAAAGGGAGAUUUUAAUUGGCCAGAUGGAAAAUAAUAUAGUGGUAUUCUCUUAUUUUAAAUUAUUAGGUGAUUAUGUGGAAGAUAAGAAAGAAGGUUACGGGGUCUUUAAAUGGUCUGAUGGAAAAUAAUAUAAAGGCUAUUGGAAGGAUGGUAAAUAGCAUGGCAAAGGAAUUCUAGUUGAUAAAGAUUAAAGGGAAGUUGAAGCUGAAUGGGUUGAAGGAAAAAGAGUCAGACAAGAUUGAUU